GCACACCGUGAUUGCAGCCCAGAGUCUGGAGGCACUCAGUGGGUUGCAGAAGGCAGAUGCAGAGCGCAAGCGAGAUGCCUUCAUGGACCACCUGAAGAGCAAGUACCCCCAGCAUGCUCUUGCCCUCCGAGGCCAGCAGGAUCGACUCCGGGAACAGGUUGGCGGCUGGACAGUGGAUCACGUGUGUCUCCUCAGUUCCCUCUGCUCCCACCUUCAUGGCGACUCUGCCCCCACUGUGGCUGGCCAGCCUGCCCAGCAGCCCAACUACUGGAGUUUUAAGACUCGAAGCUCCCGACACUCACAGGGUGCCCAGCCAGGGCUGGCAGACCAGGCAGCUAAGUUGUCCUUCGCCUCUGCUGAGUCACUAGAGACCAUGUCGGAGGCUGAGCUGCCCCUCGGCUUCAGCAGGAUGAAUCGAUUCCGCCAGAGCCUGCCCCUCUCUCGAUCUACUAGUCAGACAAAGCUCCGUUCCCCAGGGGUGCUAUUUCUGCAGUUUGGGGAAGAGACACGUCGGGUGCACAUCACCCAUGAGGUCAGCAGCCUGGACACUCUCCACGCCCUCAUUGCCCACAUGUUCCCACAGAAGCUCACCAUGGGCAUGCUCAAGUCACCCAAUACGGCCAUCCUCAUCAAGGAUGAGGCUCGAAACAUCUUCUAUGAGCUUGAGGAUGUCCGGGACAUCCAAGACAGAAGUAUUAUCAAGAUUUACAGGAAAGAACCGCUCUAUUCUGCCUUUCCUGGCUCCCACCUCACUAAUGGGGAUCUUCGGAGAGAGAUGGUCUAUGCCUCCCGAGAGUCAUCUCCUACCCGCCGCCUGAACAACCUCUCCCCGGCCCCCCACCUGUCUUCGGGUUCCCCACCUCCAGGCCUGCCCUCUGCCUCACCUUCCCGGUCUAGGCUCUCCUACGCAGGGGGCAGUGGGGGCCGCCCCCCAUCCUAUGCUGGCAGCCCCGUCCACCACUCAGAAAGGCUGGGGGGUGUGCCCCCUGCCCCAGGCGUCUCCCCCAGCCCCAGUGCCAUCUUGGAGAGGCGGGACGUGAAACCCGAUGAAGAUCUGGCGGGCAAGGGAGGAGGGGUGAUGUUAGUGAAAGGGGAGGGUCUCUAUGCAGACCCCUACGGGCUGCUCCACGAGGGGCGCCUGAGCUUGGCCUCAGCUGGAGGGGACCCCUUCGCUUACCCCGGCGGGGGACUUUACAAACGGGGCUCAGUCCGAUCCCUCAGCACGUAUUCUGCUACUGCCCUACAAUCUGACCUGGAGGAUUCCCUAUACAAAGCGGCCACUGGCAGCGCCGGGCCACUCUAUGGGGACGGCUUUGGCUUCCGUCUGCCUCCUGCUUCUCCCCAGAAACUGGUGGAUGUGGCAGCACCCCAGGGCGGCCCUCCCCCUCCCCACAGCCCUUAUUCCGGGCCUCCUAGCCGUUCCUCUCCCGUCAGGCAGUCCUUCCGCAAGGACUCUGGCUCUUCAUCCUCUGUUUUUGCUGAGAGCCCAGGGGGCAAGCCACGGGGUGGGGGGGGCUCUUCAUCUUCUGGGGUGCCCCCAUCAGAGCUUUUCCCAGGGCCUGGGGAGCGCCCGCUGGCAGGCUUUGGGCCUCCGGUGCCAGCCAAGGACACAGAGACCAGGGAGCGAAUGGAAGCCAUGGAGAAGCAGAUUGCGAGUUUGACAGGCCUGGUGCAGAGUGCCCUUCUCCGAGGUUCAGAAGCUGAGACCCCCAGUGAGAAGAUCGAAGGUUCCAAUGGGGCAGCGACACCUUCAGCACCUUGUGGGCUGGGCGGGCGGAGCAGUGGGGCCCCUCCGGUUCCAGCGCCUCCACCCCCUUCAGCCAGCAGCACCCCGGCAGGCCCCCCAACGGCCGUCACCCGUCUACACAUGCAGCUGCACCUCCAUGACCUACAGCACAACGCCAGUGACCUCCGCAACCAACUCCAGCAGCUGCGCAAAAUGCAGCUGCAAAAUCAGGAAUCUGUUCGAGCCUUGCUGAAGCGCACAGAGGCCGAGCUGAGCCUUCGGGUGUCAGAAGCGGUGCGGAAGCAGGAGGACCCCCUGCAGCGGCAGCGUACCCUGGUGGAGGAGGAGAGGCUGCGCUAUCUGAGCGAGGAGGAGCUGGUCACCCAGCAGCUCAACGACCUGGAGAAGUCAGUGGAGAAGAUCCAGAAGGAGGUGUCCCACAACCAUCGGCUAGUCCCGGGUCCUGAGUUGGAGGAGAAGGCCUUGGUGCUGAAACAGCUGGGGGAGACCCUCACGGAGCUCAAGUCACAAUUCCCUGGGCUGCAGAGUAAGAUGCGAGUGGUUCUCCGGGUAGAAGUAGAGGCAGUAAAGUUCCUGAAGGAGGAGCCACAGAGACUGGACGGGCUUCUUAAGCGCUGUCGAGGGGUCACUGAUACACUGGCUCAGAUCCGAAGGCAAGUGGAUGAGGGUACAUGGCCGCCUCCAAACAACCUCCUGAGCCAGUCUCCAAAGAAGGUGACAGCUGAGUGUGACUUUGGCAAAAGCCUGGACUUCGAGAUGCCACCCCCCAGUCCUCCCCUGAGCCUCCAUGAGCUGGGGGGGCCAGGCGAGGGCACUGUUCACACACCCAAGGGGGCCAAUCCCUCCAGAGGCCCUGAAACACCCAGCAAGAGAAGCGUGGACAAGGCUGUGUCUGUGGAGGCAGCUGAGAGGGACUGGGAGGAGAAGAGGGCAGCCCUGAGCCAGUACAGUGCCAAGGACAUCAACCGGCUGCUGGAAGAGACCCAGGCCGAACUGCUGAAGGCCAUCCCAGACCUGGAUUGUGUGGGAAAGCCUCGGGGGCCAGCCCCCACCCCUGAGCACAAGCCCUCCAAAGCUCCCCAUGGCCAGAAGGCAGCCCCCCGUGGAGAGGCCAGUGGGCGAAGGGGCUCAGAUGAGUUGACCGUGCCCCGAUACCGAACAGAAAAGCCUUCUAAGUCACCCCCGCCACCCCCUCCCCGACGAAGCUUCCCCUCCUCCCACGGCCUCACCACCACCCGCACUGGAGAGGUCGUGGUCACCAGCAAGAAAGACUCAGCCUUCAUCAAGAAGGCAGAGUCAGAGGAGUUGGAAGUCCAGAAGCCCCAAGUGAAGCUGCGCCGGACAGUGUCUGAGGUGGCUCGUCCAGCCUCCACGCCGCCCAUCAUGGCGUCAGCCAUCAAAGAUGAAGACGAUGAGGACCGAAUCAUCGCAGAGCUGGAGGUGUUUGAAAGAAGUUCCAUGCCCCUCCCAGCCUCGCUCUCCCCCCAGGAACCUGGGCCCCUUGGGCCCACCCCGGGCCCCCCACGGAAGAAUGCCCCACUCCCCAGAAGUUUCUGUAUCCCCCAGAUCAUCCUAACUGAAUGUGCUUCUGACCCACCUUCAUCUCCAGAGGUUAUGCCCGAAGAGACAGGCACAAGGAUAAUGCCCAUCCCACUGCCCUGGGCAUUAGUGACUGCUGGUAGAGGCAGAGUCACUAACCAGUGCCAAGCACCACCACUUGGCCAGGAUAUGACAGGGGCUGAAUUGGUGGUGAUGAGGCCUCUGGAAGAAGCUGAUGCCUCCCCACCUGGAAAUACCAAAAGGCCAAGGCAGGGAGAGGAAUCAUUGAAAUCUGUGGGCACCAAGAUCCAACCACCAACAGAAAGAACCAUCCAACAGCUGGUGGAAGAAAAAGGAUCCAGGCUGACCUGCCACAGGGGAGAGUGGCCAGACGGAAGUCAGUGCCCAGGUGUCUUUGUAGGGGCUGCCCCUGCCACUGUGAGCCCAGAAGAAGCCAUCAUACACUCUAGGCAUAAUACCCACAUGGCCAUGGGAGACUGUGCAGAGAGGACUGUGUCUCAGGCCCAGAGCAAGAAAGGUCCCCUUGAUCUAGACUCAGCAGAGAGGGAUGCCAGCCCUUGGCUCCCCUUCCAGCGACUUGACAGUCUGGAGGAGACGCUCCAGGAGCUGGAGGCUACACUGAAUGCGAUGGGCAAGGCCCCUUCGGCACCCCCCAUUGGCACCCUCUCUGGGACCUUGUCCCAGUCCCCAAGUUCCCAGAGCGGCGGGGUCUCCAUCCCACCUAUGAAGAUGGUGACGCCAGGGGCAUCCAGGCUGAAGCCAGGACAGGCAAGCAGCCCUGACAAAGCCAAGCACAGCAAACAACGGUCAGAGUACAUGAGGAUCCAGGGCCAGCAGCAGGUCAAUAGACCAUCUAAAGAGGUGAGCGGGUCAAAUGAGACCUCAAGCCCAGUCUCAGAAAAACCCUCUGCUUCCAGAACCUCCAUCCCCGUAUUGACUUCCUUUGGGGCAAGGAAUUCCUCCAUCUCCUUCUAAAGCCCUAUGUUCUUCCUCCCAUUUCCUCCUCUGUUCUUCCUCCUUCUAUUUACCUCUCACCAUAUUCUCUUCAUUUCCCCACCCCCAACACACUCUCCUCCAGAAUCUCAACAGGAUUUGCCGCAGUUAUGCCCAUCUUCUAGCUGCCCUAACCCCACCCCUGUGGUGUUUUUGAUUUUUUGAAGUAAUCCACUUUUAAUGACCUUUUUUUAAAAGCCAAAAAAAAAAAAAAGAAAAUGAAAAUCAAACACACCACCUAUCUCUUUCUAUCCUGGAAUGGUCUCCUCUUGGGCCACCAUCUUCUCCUAUUUUCUAUCCCAAUUUCUUCUUUCAUCAUCCUGCACUUCCCCAUUCUUCUCACCCCAUCCUCUCUUCCCUUUCCCUGCCUCCCCUUUCCUUUUUCCUGACUCCCUUCUGGCUUCCUGAUACUGCUCCAAAUGAACUUCGACCCAUGUCGGGAAUUUCCAAGCCAUGAGGACUUGGAGCUGUGAAAGGUACCCCCUCUCCCACCCUGGUACCUUCGUGGGAGAAAAACUGGACAUUGGACCCAACUCUAAUGAGGGGGCUCAGAGAUGGGGGGACCAGGAGAGACCCUGGCAACACCUUCUGACUGUCUGACCUCUGGACAUGACUGUUAAUCUGUCACUGCUGCUAUCCUGGUUCUCUCCUCCUGGAAACGGCAUUGGAAACCAAGAUGAAUGAACUGGAGAUGGAAUCCCCAGCUUCAGGGGCUGCAGGGAGGCCUCCAUGUCUGUGUCUUCAAGGGAGAGGACAUGAGGUCUGCCCUUUACUGGCAAUAAGGAACAACCCACCAAGUCCAGAGCUGGGAUGAGGGGGACUGUUUUGGAUUCUGUGAGUUUGGAGGCAGGGGCAGUCCAGUGUUGAGGGGACACUGCCCUGGGGAUGAGGACACCCCAGGAAGGGACUUUACUUUUAGUUUAUUAAUUUAGCACUUUAAAUGUCAUUAAUUUAUUUAAAAGGAGGGGGGAAGGCAGCAGGAAACAGGUGGCUUUGGGAGUCUGAAGUGGUACUGGGGAGAGGGGGUUGCCAGAUUGUGUGGGAAUCUGGGAGAUUAGGCGAUGAGAGAAGGUGAGAAAGAAAAGGGGAAGGUAAGGAAGUUUAUCUGAUUCUCCUCUUCCCCAUAAGAAAUAUAGGAAUUUUCAGGAAAGUAGUGAAAUGAUAGAGAAACAAGCAUGGGUCCAGAAUUCCUGGACUCCCCCCAGUGUGGUUCCCGGUGGCCACAAAAGGAACUGGCCAACCAGCCAGUACUCAGGCCUUACCAGUCUAGGAACUGCACUGGUCCAGGGCCCUGUAGAGUAUUUGGGCCCAUCCUAACGUAUCCUGAAGACUAUUGAGUAGGUCUUGGACUGGAAGAAUCUAGCAUUGCCCCAGGGUCCAGGAUAGUGGGGAUGGAUGACUGAAUGAAAGCUGGGGGAGUGGACCUAGAAUAGAAAAGAAGAAGGUCCCUUCCCACCCUCUCCCCCAGCAUCUGGAGCACAACUGAUCCAUGAGUGCCAGCACAGGAAGUGUGUGAGGCAAGGUCAUGCAAUCAGCUCAGCCAGGGACAGGGUCUCCUGAGAGUAUAAGCACAGAGAAAGGAUGAGGGUCAAAGGGGACUAUACUUUAAAGUUUGGGUUGGUUUUUUUUUUUUUGGUUCUUUUCAAGAUUGGGAUCAUUUUUGUAUGAAGGUGUGUGAGGCUUUUUGAAGAAUAAUAUAGAAGAGGAAAAAAAACUCACAAAAACUGAACCCUCCUGAACAAAAAAAUAUAACCCUCCACAAAAAAAAUAUAAAGGAAAAAAGGGGAACCUCAUAAAUGAUGCAAUUACUUUUAAUUGCAGGCAACU